GAGCACACAGGCGCACUCACCGCCUUCCUCCUUCCCUUCCUCUUCCUCCCACCCCGCCCCCGGGGGGCGGAACCCUGGUCCCUGGGGGAGGUCUGCACCCCCGGAGGGUGGCGCCCCGGAAGGGGCGGCUGCGGUGGGUGGCGGACGCCGCGGGCCCUCCCCCGCGCUCCCUUGCUGCCUCCCCCUGCUCCCCGCCCCUCCUCCUCUCCAUCCUCCCCAUCCUCCUCCUCCUGGUCCCCGGCAGCGGCGGUUAGGGGAGCAGCCGGCGGCACCGGGGCCGCUCAGCCUUUGUCUCGGGCCGCCGGGCGCGCCGGGCCCAGCGCAGCGCUGCAGUGUCUUACUAGGGAGCUGUGCAAACACGGGGCUGCCAGGGAGACAGGACAAGAAUGUGAGUGAUGAGUCACAUAACCCAGCUGGCCACUCCAAAGAAAGAUUUCUCCCAACGAUUUGAGAGCCUUUCACCAUCAAAUGAAAAGAUGCAACAGACAGCAGACGGAAAAUGAAAGCCACCCAAGCGCUGAGGGGUGCCCUUGCAGCCACGUCUGUUCAGGUCCCAAGUUUCUCUUCACGAUGGCCUGUAACAGCACAUCCAUCGGUACUAACGAACAUCUGCUGCUGAAUGCGAGCAACGCUUCGGACCCUGGGGCCACCCCACUGUCCGCACCGCUCAGGAUCUCGCUGGCAAUAACGAUGCUGCUGAUGAUCGUGGUAGGAUUCCUCGGCAACACGGUGGUCUGCAUCAUCGUGUAUCAGAGGCCGUCCAUGCGUUCAGCCAUCAACCUGCUGCUGGCCACCUUGGCCUUCUCUGACAUCAUGCUGUCCUUAUGCUGCAUGCCUUUCACCGCCAUCACCCUCAUCACUGUCCGCUGGCACUUUGGGGACCACUUUUGUCGACUCUCAGCUACACUCUAUUGGUUUUUUGUCCUAGAGGGCGUGGCCAUCCUGCUCAUCAUUAGCGUGGACCGCUUUCUCAUCAUCGUGCAGCGUCAGGACAAGCUGAACCCACGCAGGGCCAAGGUGAUCAUCGCAGCCUCCUGGGUGCUGUCUUUCUGCAUCUCUGCCCCCUCCUUCACCGGCUGGACGUUCAUGGAGGUGCCGGCUCGAGCCCCACAGUGCGUUCUGGGCUACACUGAGUUCCCAGCCGAACGCGCCUACGUGGUGAUGCUGGUGGUGGCGGUGUUCUUCGCGCCCUUUGGCGUCAUGCUGUGCUCCUAUCUGUGUAUCCUCAACACGGUGCGGAAGAACGCCGUCCGCGUGCGUAACCAGUCAGACAGCCUGGACCUCAAACAGCUGUCCAGGGCUGGCCUGAGACGGCUCCGGCGGCAGCAGCAGCAGGUCAGCCUGGACCUGAGCUUCAAAACCAAGGCCUUCACCACCAUCCUCAUCCUCUUCGUGGGCUUUUCGCUGUGCUGGCUGCCCCACUCGGUGUACAGCCUGCUGUCUGCAUUCAGUCGGCGGUUCUAUUACAGCGCCUCCUUCUACGCCACCAGCACGUGUGUACUGUGGUUCAGUUACCUCAAGUCCGUCUUCAACCCCAUCGUCUACUGCUGGAGGAUCAAGAAAUUCCGCGAGGCCUGCAUAGAGUUGCUUCCCCAAACUUUCCAAAUCCUCCCUAAAGUGCCUGAGCGGAUCCAGAGGAGAAUCCAGCCGAGCACCGUCUACGUGUGCAACGAAAACCAAUCCGCGGUCUAGGGAGCAGGUCAGAGCCGGCCAGCAGACCACUCUAAAGGGUCUCGGCGCGGACUCUGCUCUCUAGCUUUUAGUUGUCUGCAUUGUGUGGUGAUUACACAAGCACAAAGGUACUCAUUUGUUACCAGGUGAUCUGUGGCUUUCAACUUUCUGAUUUCCAUAAGAUGAAGUAUUAUUAUUUUUCUCUCAGAAAAUCCAUAUAUAGUUCUAAUGGGAAUCGGGGCUUACAGGAGCUGGCCAGAAAGCGAGAGGGGAUGAGGGAAGCAGAAAGUAAAGGGCAAGAAGAGGGUCUAUCAAAAGAGCACAUCCCUUUCAUCCCAGCACCCCCCCCAUGCUCAGGAGAAGCCCCCGGGGGCAGAUGGUGGUGCCGUUGUUCACUCUGAUGUCAAUAUUCCUCACAGCUGUAUCUGCAGGGCCUGGGUAUGGCACCGAGGUCUCCAUAAUGUUCAACUGUGUGUUUCUGAUCAUGACAAACUUAUUUAUCCACUUAACCUUUCUGGGGAGAAAUGGAAAUCACAUAGGGAUGUUCUUGAGGUCUCCAGUGUGGCAGGGUGUGUGUGUGUGUGUGUGUGUGUGUGUGUGUGUGUGUGUGUGUGUGUGUGUGUGUGUGUAAGAGAGAGAGAGAGAGAGAAGAGAGGAGAAAGGAGAGAGAGAGGCCCAAAUCUCAAAAUGGACUGGAUACUUGGGCAUGUGCCUGCCCCUUCCACAUUUGUCCAGCUUGACAGUCUCUGUUCCUCUGUUCCUGUCCGGUUUUUGGCCACUUUGUUUUCACCCUUUCCAGUGUGCUAAGAACAUACCUAGUGUUACUCGUCUACUGGACAAGAAUCUGUAGUGACUUGCUCUCAGAAGCAGCCAGCGGCGUGGCUUUGUUUACACAUCUCCUCUGGACCACCCAGAGCCUCGGGAGGCACCAAAUCCACAUCAGCACCAGAAUCGCUGCAGGGACAGAACAGACACCCCCUCCCCAAAGCUGGGCUUACACCCACCCAUCUCUGUUCCUCCUACCUCACUCAUGUCCACUGCUGCUGUCAAAUCCUCUUACCCAGGACCCGAUCCUGGGGGUGAAGCUCCUUAGAGGGGACAUUUGGCUUGUGCCCUCUGCUUGGACACUAUGCUCGUGGCCACCCAUAUAACCAAGAGCUUCUGGUGUAGCAAGGUGAAUUCUGCACCUUUAGGACACAGCAGUGGGUCCACUGAGCUCUCUUUACAAAGUCAGACCUGAAGAGAGGGAGAAAGUAAGAAAAUGUGAUUCCAGGUCUGACUCUAUCAGGGACCAGUCAGUAAUCUCGUUCAUUUCAUCUUCUGUCAGCCUCAGUUUACCCAUUUGUCAAAGGAGGAAACAAGUCUGUGUGACUUCAGUCCCCUUGGUUCUAAACUUGAUGGUAGCCGAAAGGCAGAGGAGAGAUAAGUCCCCUUAAACUGGAUGUUUUCUGCCUGGAAUCACCAGAUCCCUCAUAUUCAUUUAUCCGUCCAUACAAUGGGCAUCUAUUAAGUAAGUGCCUAUUGGAUGAAACGUGCUGUACAAGUGUACAAGUGAUAGUGUAAAAAAAAAAAAAGGCUGGAAUGCAUCCCGUCUGAUUUCUCUCAGGAGUAUGAGAACUCAGCCCAAGAGCACAGAAGUUCCAGUUGGCUUCAUUUCUUAUCUCUUCCCAAGUUAUACUCAGAGGCCAACCCCCUCCUUUCUCACCCUCUUCCUGCAGUGGAGUGAAGGAAGUUGAGGUGUGACAAGAACGUAGCUUACGUCAACCUCAGCCCAGGGGAGGGUCUGUCAAGAAAUCGAUUGACCAGUUUCCGUCAACCAAGAGGGAAAGAAAGAAAAAGUGGGAUUGGUGUGUAGCUUAUCAAGGCUGGUGCCACCAAUCCUAUGGCUCUCCCAGGGUCCCAGCAAGGCUAGGCUGGCCUCGGCUUCCACGGGUUCAUAGGGCCCGGUGGUGCCCAAGAGAAUUGUCAGACUACUGUAGGGGGGCAAGCCUAUGGGUAUCUCCCCUCCAGUGGUAUUUUAGAGAGUUUUUAUUCAGAAACCUUGAAAAAAUGAGAAAUCACAAAACUGAAUGAAGGUACCAAAAUUUUCAUCAAUGUGUGUUAUAUGAUAUAUAUGUUGGAUAGUAAUAUAUAUGUUUCAAAGUAAUAAUUUUGUAUAUAUUUUAAAUAAAGUAUUAUGGCUCUUUCAGUGU